GUACUUUUCGGUGUGACACCGGAAGUCCCCUGCUUAUCUCUGAGUACACUUCCGGUUGUGAGUCAAUUUCGAUUGAGUUCCUUCACUGGCGGACCGUCCGUUACCAAACCGAAAAGCACCUCGACAAAAUUCAGGUCAAUAUUGUUCUCAGCAUUAGGAUAACAUGAGUUUGGAUCUAAGGUGUUUAACGUUAACGAGUUGAGAACCAGGUGUGUAAGCGGUGCCGGGGAAGGCCAUGGAUGAGCCGUUAGGAGGCAGUUCGUCCGAGCCGGACAGUCCCGGAGGUCUGAACCGAGGCUGCCUCCUCGACCCCAGUGACGUCCUGUACCAGGAUCUCUCAAUUAUCGUCCCAGAAACACCCAGCCCACAACUUGGCAAACGGAGGAGACGCACUCGCUUCACAGAGGAGCAUUUCAGUCCGGUGGCCGCCGGUGGCGGAUCUCCAGGACGACCAGAACUCUCACAUAAAUCCAAACGCAGACGUCUGGCUGCAGCGGUGGGAGAGCAGAGCGUCGGCUUUGUUCCAGCUUCAUCUCUCAGGACUUUCCCUUUAGACAGCUGGCUUGAGGCUCCGCUGUCCACCGCAUCCUGCUCCUCCUCCUCGUCCUCAUCUUCAUCAUCAUCCACGACCUCCUACCUUACACCUGUGUCAGAGGAGGAGGUGGAACAGGUUGGUUUGACUGUGGCGGGCUCCACAGUUGAUUCCUGUCCUGCUCGUCUCAGCUGGAGGACGACACAAAGUCUGACACCAGCAACAGCUUCACCUUCACCAGCAGCAGCAGCAGCAUCCACCUCCGACUCUCUGUCCUUCCUCACCGCAGAGGAGAGGAGAUGGCUGAACAGCGAGCAAGGAAACACCUCAACAGCAUCGGAGGAGAUCGUCAUCAGUGACGACGAGGAGGCCGUGGUUCGCUUGGCUCAGGAGGAGGAAGACGAGGCCUUGGCACGAAGCCUGCAGGCCCAGUUUGACCAAGAGGAGUCUGUCAGCAGGCACCAGCACCACCAUCAUCAGCUUCACCAUCACCAGCUUUACCAUCAUCUUCAUCAGCAGAGCCAGCACAGGUAUUACAUGGAGCACAGCUGGAUGCCUCAUUUACUGGCUGCUGUCUCUCCGCUGGUCGGCUUUGAAGAUGAUUUGAUUGGUCAAACCAGAAGACGUGGGCGGACCAGAAGGAGGAAUGCCCAGCCUGAGCUUUCAGAAGACCUUCAGGGAAACGACUACGAGGCCCUUUUAGCGUUCGAGGAGCGUCAGGGCUCUGUUGUGUCCAAAAAGUUGAGUCGGAGGGAAAUCCAGAGGUUUCCUACCAAAACCUUCCAGUCUGCCAACAGCGCCGGCAACACUCAGUGUCAGAUCUGUUUCUGUGACUACACUGAUGGAGAGAAGCUGAGGAUUCUGCCCUGUUUCCAUGACUACCACGUCCAGUGUAUUGACAGAUGGUUGAAGGACAACAUCACCUGUCCCAUCUGCAGAGCUAACCUGGCUGACGGCAACUCCCUCGCCCCACAGCACCACUGACCUCAGCGCCUCCUCCAGGGCGAGGCGGCGUCUCUACUGUUUUCUACUGUGAGCUGAGGGGUUUGUGC